AUGGUAUUUUGGUGGACUGCUUGGUUGAGCAAAGAAAAAAGGGCAAGAUACCCAGCAACGGCUCCUGGGGCGACAGUGUCUGGAAGACAUGUGCCAACGCCCUCAAGGAUUCUCAUGUCUGCUCGGGUGGUGCACAAAAGACAGGUGACAGUUGCCAUACUAGGUGGACUGCCAUAUGCACCAAUCAAGAAGGAUUACCAGGCUGUCCAUACACUGUGGGGGCUGUCAGGCUUUGGAUGGGAUGACACUGCUCAGAUCGUUACUGCACCUGACAGUGUCUGGGAGGAUCUAUUGAAGACAUGUCCAAAGCUCAAGAAAUGGCGGAAAACACCAUUCCCAUUGUAUGAUACUGUGCACAGCCUCAUCUACGGCACAUUUGCGACAGGCAAUGGCGCAUUCCAUGCUGGACACAAUCACACACCCACUCCUCCAGCGUCACCUCACUCCAAUGUUGAUAGUCACAAGGAAGAUGAAUCCUUCAUUGAUCCCAUCUUACAGUCAUCGCAAGACAUCAAAGCAACACAGGCUCAGUCAUCCCAGGGCUCUACUAUCUGUAGUUCUAACUUGGGUGAAGAGUCAUUUCCUUUAUCUGUGACACCUUUGACCCCACUCCCUUCAAAUGGGUGCAAGCAUUCUGCUGAUGACACUUUUGAGGAAUGA